AGCAGAUUAUUAAAAUAUUCGUGAUUUUUAUCACAUACAAUUAACUUUUUUUUAUUAUUGAUAAGAUGUUAAUAUUCAGAGUAAAACAUAAUACUAAACAAAAUAAUAUCCUUCUCGUAUAACUUUCAUCCACCUCAACCAUUAAUUUCGCAACCCAUGAAGUGAUAACAAAAUGGAACAGUUGAGUUCCAUUGAGAGGCAUGGAAAUUGUACAGAGUCGAGAUCGGGGGCGAAUAUUGAUCAAGGGCUGAGUUGCGCGUGUAUGCGCGCACCCCUCACACCGACAGGGCGGUGCGCGCCAAUGUGCGUGCCAUCCGCCCGUGUGCGGACAGACCGUCGAAACGAUCUCUCCAUUAUUACAAAUGCUCUAUUUAUCGUCUAAUAUAGAAUCAAUUCCGUUCGACGCGUUCUAAAUAUAGUAAAAACGUAAUCAGCAUCUCCACUUCGUGUCCACAUCUCACACCGGCCGCGAUGGCACCGCAAAAAUCAAUAAACCUCCGCCGCUCGCGUAUUGCAACCGAGCGACUCGAGCCAAUGUGACUCGAAUGCAUACGCCGCGACCGUGCAUAGUGAACGCCUAGUGUAUUUGCAUUUCAGUGAUACCGAAAGGUCGAGAUCCCGAUGUUUAAUCACAAGUUACCGACUGACUUUCCAAUGCAAACCCUCCGUAAGAAAACCAGCCCUUGCAAAUGUGAGUUUUUGCUGUGUAGCUCGAGAGGCUUUCAUCACGGUACCUUUGAUACGACGAUUGCGGUGUUUAGAUAGAGCUAAGUGUAACACAUUAACGCAUCCCCGGCUUUGUGAUUUGUAUAUUUUGCGUAUUUUUUAUAUUUGCAUGGUUCGGCUGUGACAUUCACCUUACUAAUUAUGUCAAGUCACCCGUGCUAUGCUAGUCCCAUAUCAUAAUUAGUGAACCCUGGUUUUGAACAGAGGGUGGGCCCCGGAGGUGGAGUGGUGCGACGGGGAAGUAACUAACUUUAGUCAGUUUGUACGGAAUAAUGCAGGUGUGUCAUUUCCAGCACCUCCUGCGGCAGUUCGACAAGAACGAGCCGGGUCGAUUUCUCGGGGAAGGGGUGUCUUUUCGCGCCAAAUUAAUAGGCGUUCUUGAAGUGCCGGAGGCGCGCGGUGACAGAAUGUGUCAGGAGGCAUUGGCAGAUCUCAAGAUGGCGAUUCGCGCGGCGGGCGAGCACAAGCAGAGAAUACAAGUGCACGUCGCGAUUGAUGGAUUGAGAUUACGGGACGACAAGACUGGCGAUUCCCUUUACCAUCACCCCGUUCACAAGAUCUCGUUCAUCGCACAAGACAUGACGGAUUCGCGCGCCUUCGGCUACAUAUUCGGCUCUCCGGACACGGGGCAUCGAUUCUUCGGAAUAAAGACUGAUAAAGCUGCUAGUCAGGUAGUUAUAGCAAUGAGGGACCUAUUCCAAGUAGUUUUCGAAUUGAAGAAGAAAGAGAUAGAAAUGGCGAAGCAACAGUUGGAAGGCAAGACUGUGGCCAGUAGCCUUGUGCGGCAUCCGACCGCCAGCGCUGCUGAAACUAAAUCUAAUAAGAGUGUAACAGCGGGUGAAAGUGUGACAGUGAAACAAUCGGAGGGCGCGGAGGGAGGUGUAGCAGAACUAGUGGAUUUGGAACAAGAGCUGUGUUCCUUGAGGAGAGGGCUCACACAAGUUGAGGGCCUCACUCCCUCCAAUGAUCCCUUCGGUGACUCCUUUACUGCUCCCCCGCAGAAGGGCCUCCUCCCCCCACCGCCCGGCGCGGGGCGGGGACGGAGCACCCCGGGGCGAAGCUCCGCAAGCCCCAGCAAGCCCCCGCUGCCUUUCGACUUGUCUUCUGUCGCAGCGGAUUUCGAACCAAAACCAGCUUUGGUCGAUAACCCCACUGAACAACCGGUGAUCUCGCAGGCCGCCGCCGACCCGACCGCGUACGACGUAUUCACCGAACUAGACCCGCUCGGCACCGGCCGGAGUAAACCUUACGUUGACAAAAAACUCUUCUUUCAGGAGCUCAAAAAUCCACCAAAGAAAGUACUGAAAGACCUCGUCCCGCCGACGCAGUCGCUCCUAACCGACAUAAUGCCGGUGGCGGGCGGGCGGGACGCGUGCGCACGGGAAGCGUACGGACGGGAAGCGUACGGGCGGGAAGCGUACGUGCGGGACGCGUACGGGCGGGACGCGUACGGGCCGGCCACGAGCCUCACCUCGCUGUCGCGCCACUCGGGCGGCACGGUGGCCGUGGCCCGGACCGACCGGACCGAUCCGACCGCCGGGUACGCGGGGGGGUUUUUCGCGUCCGAUCCGUUCGCCGAGACCGAUCCGUUCGAUAACGCGGACCCGUUCUCGGACACGUUCAAGGACGAUCCGUUCACGAGUAUGCAGGAGUUCCCCAAGACGAGUUUUUUGCGAGCGGACGAUUUCAAGAGUAAACCGAGCAGAGAUACGCAGGAUAAGUUGGAGGUCGGGCCGGAGAGCGGCAAGAGUGUGUUCAACGGGCCGCUGCAGGUCAGCUUGCCGCCGGAGCCCGUGCCCAAGUCGCCCAGGCUGCAGAGACAGAUGACGGACACGUCCAGUAUCCGGCAACGCCCGCAGCCGAGCUCCAAGCUACUGGACAACGCGUCCCCCCCUCCCCCCCUGCCCCCCAAGAAGGUCACGGACAUGGGCCUGCCCCCCCCACGGCCGCCCCACGAACCGGACGACGAUGGGGAUACGGGACCACCUCUGCCGAAGCCGGUUAGGAAGAAAGAGCCAGUUGCCGACCGCAGUAUGAAGCCUCGAAUGUCGUCCAUAACAACAAGCAGCGAGGACGAAUACUUAGCGCCUGCACCACCGCCCCUACCAGCUGCUAAGCGAUUCGAUAUCACGCUUAGCCAACUACUGACGCUCACUAUGGACGAGCUGGCUGCCAGGUUACGAGUCCCGGCUGCUACUUUAUCGUCCAUGACGCUGCCUCAACUUACCGAGUACCUGAGAUCGUAUUUAGCUGCUGAUGUCGAACGAUCGCAUAUACACGUUGAACCACCUCUUCAAAAAGAAAAAGAAAAACCGCCCGCGAUCCUUCCAACUACGACUAUACCAGAAAAACCGAGCCCACUUCCAUCACUCACAACUGAAUUUAAAACGCAAUUCGAAGAUAAUUUUGCACCGAGUGACACAGCCGAAACAUUUGUUGCUAACUUCGAUGAUUUUGACAAGAAAGCGAACCCCAGCUACGACAGAUAUGCGGCGUUCAGAGAAAUACAAGAACAAGAAUUAAAAGCAAAGUCCAUUUUGGACCCGAUAGAUACCGGCCCGAAGGAAGACGAUCAAGAAUUGACUCAUAUACAAGAAUUAUUGAAGACUGAAGAGAAGAAGGAAGACAGAGAAAUGGACAAGAGCCCCUUAAAGUCUUUGGACGAGUUGACGCUGGAUUCGUUCAAUAUGUUCCGGAAUUCAGUUAGUCCGAAACCGGUGGAAGCCAAAAUAGAAGAUAUAAAGACGGUUAUGAAGAAUUUGCAGCUAGAAAAAAUUAGGCGAAGCGUGUCACCACGUGACAACGGAACGGAUAAACAAGACGAGACGGACAAAUACGCGGCAUUACGUGAAAUUAAAAUUACCGAGCCUCAGGAUGAAUUCGAAUCCUUACCACCGGAAGUACCAAAAGAGAGAAAGAAGUCAGACGAGAAAUCUGACGGUUUUGACAAUUCGGAUUUCUUCGAUUGCAUAGAUAAUAGUUCCUUGUCGUUCACACACGUGGAGGAUGCGUUUAGAAAGAGCCCUGCGGUGAAAGAGAGAGAGGAAGAUAAGAAAAUUGAGGUGAAGAAAGAGACGCCUAUAGAAGUGAUGCCGGUUAGUUUGCAGCCGCCGGAAAGGUUAUCUGCCGGGUCUAUAAGUGAUGUGGCUAGCGGUUCGUCACCGGAUACUAAAGAGCGGUGCGCGGGCGCGGUUGGCGCGGCGGGCGGGCUGCGGCGGCUCGCGUGGACCGAGGGCUGGUCCAGCGACUCGCGUGACUCCGAGCCGCGUGAGCGGCGCCGCCGGGCGCACACAGCACACACCGUGCAAACAUCAUCAUCGUCUCGAGACGCGUCGCCGUGGGAGGAGGAACGGACUGUACCAAGGCAUACAAUACGACGUGAUAGGGAGUCUCGUCACAACUCAUCGGGCUCGCGAGAAUGCCUCGACUCUGGCAGCGGCAGAGAGAAGGAGAAAGGGAGGGAGAAACGCGACAGAGAGAUCAGUAGAGAUCGGCGCGACUCGGGCGGUGGGCGGGACCGGCGUGACGUCAGCAGGGAGAGAAGAGAGCGGAGAAGCCGGGAGAGGGACGAGUGGGAGCGGGACAGGACGUACAGGGAGAGGGAGUACAGGGACUCGAGGGGGAGGGAGAGAACGAAGGAUUACAGGGAGAUGGAUAGGCACAGGAAGGCGCGGAUCUCGUAUGAUGAUGAAGAUUACAGUGACGGGUGCGGUUCGGGCAGGUCCUCGCCGCGGGAACGUUGGACCGAACAGCGAUGGAGGAGGGACGAAAGGAAUUACGGGUCGCUCGGUUGGCGGGAGACUAGACGGCGGAAUGAGUUGAGGCAAACUGAAGAUCCCGCGGAUCGGAGAUAUGGUUCAACACUAGGCUGGCCGGGCCGUCGUUCCGCAAGCCGGCGCGAGUCAGACCGCGACUUGCGGGACUCGGGGCGGGACUCACGGGAGCCGCGGGACUCGGGGCGGGACUCGCGCGAGCACCGGGACUCGGGGCGGGACUCGGGGCGGGACUCGCGGGACCCGCGGGACUCGGGCCGCGACUCCGGCCGCGACUCGAGGGACCCGCACUCGGGGAGGGACUCGGGACGUGAUACCCGGGACCCGAGAGACCCCAGGCGUCGAAGGAGGGAAGACACGAGGGUACGGCCGAGGGACUACAGGUUCUCCAACGACUUCUCGCCGCGGGAAAAGGAACAUUCGCCGUUUGAUGAUUUUCAAGAAUCGCCCGCGGCUGUAGUUAAGAAGCGCGCGCCGUACUCCAGCUUGGAAGGCACGAGAUUCGCAUUCGAAGAGGACACAACCGCGUCCCCAAUAUCAGCGAGUUCAGCGCGCGCACGUGACGGCGACUCGCCCGCGACUCGCUUCCGAUUCGACUCCGACUCGAUGUCGCCGCGAUCCAUGUUCGAGGACGACUUCACAGCGCCACCCACACAUGCAACACAUGCAACACAUCCAACACAUCCAACACAUCCAACACAUCCAACACAUCCAACACAUCCAACACAUACAACACAUACAACGCAUCCAACGCAUCCAACACACCCGCCCCGUCCGCGAACCGCAUCCAUAGCGGAAGAAGAAGAAGGCGACAUUCCCCCGCUACGAGCGAAGCCUCCAACACACAGAGAUAUAAAAAAAUCAGACUCCGUUAAUAUAUUCACGCGCGAAUCAGACCCGUUUGAAGGCGACUCGUUCUUUGCGUGCACGGGCACGGACAGAGUUGCCAAACGCGAGAACUGGCCCGGGGACUUUGUCGCCUUUGAGGAUAUAUGAAAAUAGCGUUGCCAAGUGCUUUGCUCUUUGCGGUCUUUUGUUGUUGCAAGUGACUGGUUUGGUUUGUGUUAUGGGUUGAAGGUAUGAGCGCAGGCUGUGACUCGAAAGGAAAUUAAUCUCGAAUAUCGCGUGUAAUAAAUCGUUGAGUGUACAGUUCUCUUUUUUAAAGGAAAUGCAAUUAUAAAUAGACGUAAGCUUAAUGUGACUCAAUGUUAAAUGCAAAACGCGUGUCACUUGAAUCAAUAUGUUUGUAACGCGAAUUUGUGUAUUUGUUACUGUGGUAUUUUAUUAUUUCAAUUGUUUUUACUACUUUAAAAAAUUAUCUCAUUCACUUUUAAUUACAUAAUAUCAAUUAUCGCUAUAUAUUUUCGGAAUGGUAUAUUCCUGUCCAUCAAAAUAUUUUAUUAGAAGUAAUGUGCGCGUGCUGGUCAUUCAGAUUAUUAUGUUAUGUACAGACUUUAUUACCAUUUGGUAGCUUGAAUGAAUAACCUGUAUUGCGUGAAAUCAACUAUUAAAUCUUAAAUAGAUUAUUUUAUUGUGUUUCACUUUACGCUAAUAUUUAUUGAAAGUAUACUUUAUAAUAGAUUUAAAACGUGAUUUUUUUUAUCAUAUAUAUGUUAUGUGACAGGACAUAAUUUAACCCAGUGAUUGAAAUAUUUUUCUAAUUAAAUCAAAAUAUCGCCUUCGCUAAUAAUGUGAUAGCUGACUUGAAAAUAUUAAAUUAAUCGCGUUUUAAAUUAAGUACUUCUUAAAAUUGACACAUGGUAACACGCACUAUUAGUAUUUUUAUGUAGUCGAGUGGUUAGUCAUAUUUUUUUUUAUAUAUAAUAUUUUAAUCACAAAAUGCAAUAUUUUCCCAAGUGUGGCAAACGAUAAUUCAUCUUAUAAAUUCACGAAGUUGAAUGUUAUGUUUGUAAUAUUAUGUUAGAGGUCUAUUCGUAGUUUUGGAUUGUUGAACGUACCCAGCAGUGUUACGCUUUAAAAAAAUAAAUUUAGCUAAAUUGCUGUCAUAAAUUUUCUUGCCAGAUUCACGUUUAAUGUUAGGGCACAAAUAUGUUACGAUUAAAUGUUUUCAAUUCGAGUCAAUUUGUAAAUAUUUUGCUAUUAAAUUAUAAUGAUGACGCUUUGUAAAUAGAUUAUUUAUUGUUUGGUAAAAAUGUUAUGUAAUAAGUUUAUAGUUAAUCAAGGAAACGAGAGUUAAAAUUUGACGCAAACAUGGCAACAGCCGACUUCAAUCAUUUUCUUUUUUAACUGAUUUUAUUUUUAAAGGCUCUGAACCGAUUAGUAAAAUGUACAUGGGUUUAUGUGGGACCACCCCUAUGGGGUAUUUUACAAAAAUAAUAUGAUUACAUCAAUCAGAAAUACUGUUUGGAAGUCGGAAGCUUACAAGUUUCAGUAAAAAAUGCUUUGCCAAAUUAUAUUUGUAUAGCAAUCAUUCAAAAAGUUACCAUCAUAAAAAAUGUAUGUACAAAUUGGUUGCAUAGCAUAUUUGAACAUUCUGUUUAAUCUAAGUCAUAAUCAUUCACAAAUAUGUAAUUAAAAUGAAUCUUAUCGAAUUUAAUGCUUAUUUGCUAUUUAUUAAUACGUAACUACCUUAAUUUAAGUUUUUAUUAAGUAUGGUUUUGAUUUUGUGAUAACUUAAUUACAAUUUACAAUACUCAAUGUGAAGUCAAGUGUAAUAAUUUUGUAAUUUAAUUUCUGUGAUAUUUUAAUAUUUAGUGGAUGUUUCGUUUUGAAUUAGUAAACUAGUUAAUGUAAUAAUAUUUACUUGACAUGCAUUUUAUUCAGGUUUAAGAUUGUAUUUUUUUUUUUCAAUAACUACGCAGUAUAAAGUCACUAUGUAUUAAUAAUGUAUAAAGUUUCUCAAAAAAGCUAUAAAAAUAUAAACAUCUAUUUAUUGUAACCAGUUAUUCCAUUGAGAACUUAUUCUAAAGGCUUGUCCUUCAAGCCUCACUAUCGUACUUGGUACAUUAGUAAUAAUGUUAAUCAAAAGAGAGACGAUUCCUGAAAAUUCGACUAAGCAAAUCAUCGUUUUUGAUGAGUCCAUUUAUCCGUAACAUUAACCUUGUCAUGUUUAUAAUGAACUAAAAUUAAGAGGAUGGUUCCUCUGUUUUGUAUUAAAAUAUUUUGUACAUAACGUAGUUAGAGGAAAUGAAUAAUGUGCAAUUAUUGUCACCUCUAUACCGCGGUACCAAAGGUAUUUAUGUUCCGUACCUUACUGUUGUGUAUAAACUUGAAGUUAAUAAAAUUGUAACACAGAAA